AUGCGUAUUACUGCAGUUGUCAACAAAUUGAUUCAUCAUCAUCACCCGCGAAAUGUUUGCCAUUUCUCAUCACCGCUGCCUCAACUGUCCCCGAUACAGCGACCAGGACCACAACACGUGAACCGCUGCUGUAUUGUGCCUGUCAGGUACAAAUCAUUUGCCAAAUACAAUUACCAGUUGGGUGUUGCUCCUUCCAAGGACGUACAAGAUGUGGAACAGUACGCUGAGCCGCUCUUCCAGCCUAGGCGUGCAGUGAUCCUCACAAAGAUGACCAGAUAUGAGUACGAGAAGAAACUAUGUGAACAUAUGUCUGAGAACGAGUUCAGGGAAUAUCUUGAUUCUAAAGAUUCCGAUUAUAAAGGACUUCUUGAGCGACACAAGAACCAUUACUCUGCCUUGGAAGUGGUCAGGAAAGCACUGAUGAAAGCCAACAUUGAAUCCCACGUUGUUCACCGAUUCGGUCUGAACCAUGCUGUUCUAGAUUGGGCUGAUGUUGUUUUUACAGCAGGAGGUGAUGGCACAUUUCUGCUCGCAGCAAACAAAUUUCUCAACACAAAUAAGCCUCUGAUCGGAAUCAACACAGAACCUGACAGGUCAGAGGGCAAUUUGUGCCUGCCAAAGAGAGACUACUCAGCUGUCAAGUUUGGUAAUGCUUUAACAAGACUUCUGGCAGGAGAUUUUGGGUGGAAGUGGAGACAGCGCAUAGAAGUCAUAAUGUCAGGAAGACAUGUCAACGAUGAUCCAGUAGAACUUUAUGAUCAACGGCUGAUCUCUCCAGAGCCUAGAUUCACUAAACGUGUUGCAGAAGAUGAACAGAUCAGUCGAAAGCAUCUGCCUAAACUAAACUUCCCAACAAGGAGACUGCCUUGCUUGGCCCUGAAUGAGGUGUUUAUUGGAGAGUCUCAGUCUUCAAGGGUGUCAUAUUAUGAAAUAACAACAGACACGACCAGUAAGGAAAAACAGAAGAGCUCAGGGGUGACAGUGUGUACUGGAACUGGGUCAAGUUCCUGGCACUUACACAUGAACCAGUUGUCCAUGAGUGCCGUGGAAAAGAUUCUUAAAAUUGCUACUCGGAUGUCUGGCUGCAACUUCCCAGUUGAUGACCCGGUAGUGAGAGAACAGAUUAUGACCAGUUUCAACAACAGCUUACGCUUCGACCCCAGUGACCCAUUCAUGGCCUACACUAUACGGGAUCCUAUCAGAAAUGCUGUCUUUAAUGUGGAGCGCACUAGUGGAUUUGCUCAAAAAAUUGAUAUCCGUUCAAGAAUGUGGGAUGCCUGUUUGGUGAUUGAUGGAGGCAUGUCUUUCAAGUUUAAUGACGGCGCUGUUGCAACAUUUGAAGUUGCUGAGAAUAAUGCUCUGCGCACCGUUACAUUUGGCUAA